ACUAGGGCGCGUGGGAGGCGGCCCCGGCAGCGCUGGACGCCGCGGGCUGAGCCUGCCCCUGCCCGGCCGGGCCCCGCCUCCCCGGCCCGCCCCCGCGCACCGCCGGGCUGCGGCGGAGCCUCCGCAGCGCGAAGAUGGCGACGCGGGUGUGCGAGAGCCCGGCGCUGCGGCGGCUGCUGCGGGGACCCUGCCUGGCCCUGAGCGGAGCCCGGGGAUACUCCAGGGACAGCGAGGGCAGCUGGUUCCGCUCACUCUUUGUCCACAAAGUGGAUCCCCGAACGGACGCUCAUUCCACACUCUUGUCGAAGAAAGAAACCAGCAACCUGUACAAGAUCCAGUUUCACAAUGUGAAGCCCGAAUGCCUGGACGCUUACAACAGCCUGACGGAGGAGGUGCUGCCCAAGCUGCACUCAGACACCGAUUACCCUUGUGACCUGGUUGGGAACUGGAACACGUGGUACGGAGAGCAGGACCAGGCAGUGCACCUGUGGCGUUUCUCCGGCGGGUACCCGGCCCUCAUGGACUGUAUGAACAAACUGAAACAGAACAAGGAGUACCUGGAGUUCCGCAAGGAGAGGAGUAAAAUGCUGCUGUCUCGCAGGAACCAGUUACUCCUGGAAUUCAGUUUCUGGAAUGAGCCUUUGCCCCGGGUCGGGCCCAACAUCUACGAGCUGAGAACGUACAAACUAAAGCCAGGGACCAUGAUCGAGUGGGGGAAUAACUGGGCUCGAGCCAUUAAAUACCGUCAGAAAAACCAGGAAGCUGUGGGCGGGUUCUUCUCCCAGAUUGGAGAGCUCUACGUGGUUCAUCACCUCUGGGCCUACAAGGACCUACAGUCCCGAGAGGAGACAAGGAACGCGGCCUGGAGGAAGCGAGGCUGGGAUGAGAAUGUGUACUAUACAGUCCCCCUGGUUCGGAACAUGGAGUCUCGGAUCAUGAUCCCCCUGAAGAUCUCUCCCCUCCAGUGACCCCUCCAGCGCAGGAGUCGGCGAACAGACAGGAGUGAGACUCACUGGGGUGUCUCUGCAUCUCCCCCGGAGGAGUGUGUCCCCUUUUCUGUCUCUCUCUCUCUCUCUCUCUCUCUCUCAGUUCGAGGCCAUGCUCUUAGCCCAGGUGCAUCCCUAUUCCCAGACUGCUCGGCUCUGUCGGGAGCACCGGUGGGAGAUGGAUGAAGUAGACUGAACCAGCACAAGGCUGCACAUGGUUUCCUAUCUCUGGGUCCCCAGCUCUGUAUGAAUGGACCAUGGAGACUGAACUCCCCUUUGCCCUAACGCUGUUCUGGGGAGGCCGCUGGGGACUGAUAGACAUGACCAUAGAGCACAGCAUAGCUGAGCCAUGCCCCUGUGGUGAGCAUAGUGCAGACACCAAGCUAGCUAGACCAAUCCUCGCUGCUCUCUGGGUGCCGGGGCAAUGUUCAGGCAUCUCCCCUGCAAGCCAUUCCUCCCACCACUGGGGAGGGACUGCUGCUGGUCUCCUUUCCAGCAUGCCACUGGGAGGGACCCUUCAUCAUGCCUGGUUGUGUCUGUUACCAUGAAUGUUAGCACAUGGCUAGCCUGGUGUAGGGGAGAACUCCACCUUCCUCGCCCAGGUUGGAAUUCCAGUUCCUGGCUAUGGCGUCCUGUUCCCGGCGAAUCUUGGCGUUACCUGUAUCCUUGGGAACAGGAAGUCCUCCUGCCUGCUGAUGGAACCAGACUGUACUGCCCCACAUCUGCUGAGCCAGGGCCCUCCUUUGUACGGAGGUGUAUGCUGGAAAGUGGCUGUGGAGCCCAGCAUGUCCUUUCCAUUCACCCUUUCAUGUAAUGGCUCCCAGAUCCAAUUAAUUGACCAUACAAGUCCAAAGGCUUUUAUCUAGCAGCUGCUGCCCACUCCUGACCUGAUGCCAUGGCACUGGGUGCUGGGAAGGUCCGAUAUACAGGGUGGUGUAUCCUGGUGGCUUUGGUGGGAGUGGAGGGCAUGCAACAGCAGGCAGGAUUGAGCCCUUGGUUCAGAAGCUGCAAAGGAAGCGGAGUCCUUCUCCCCCUUCCAUUAUCCCUGUGAAUAAUUGGAGUUUAGCUAACACUAGAAGCCACCUUCCAGAGCUGCGUUGGCUCAGCUAGCGUGAAAAGUACAAGCUGGGCUGUGUCAACAGAUCUGCAUCUUGUCUACUCUGGCAAAACUAGUACAUGCAAUACUCCAGCAGCGGGAGCAGUAGCCGUGUAGCCAGGACUUCUGCUGCCCUGUGGUCUAGUGCUGUUCAGAUCCGAGACUAAGAGCCAUGAGCUCUUUCCAUGCUGCAGCUUCUGCUGGGCUGCAGUGGGUGUGAAUAGAGGGUCCACUUGUCCCAGCACGUGCACAGCUCCAAGGAGCAGAUACAUGAAGUGAGGUGCCAGUUUUAAUCACUUUUCUUACGCCUUAAGGCCCGUUCUUGCAAUCCAAUCCAUGCACCAAUGCAGAAUGCCCUUGACUUCAAUGGGUCUCCCUGCUAAAUGCAAUCUGAUUGGAGGAUUGGGCCCAUAGGGUUUCGAGAGGAGCCUUGUCUCUCUCUUGAAGACUUAGUUUCUUCCUUGUGUGUGCAGCCCUCAGUCAUAGUGGUGUUUGUACCUAUCCCCAGCACGGAGGAGAGAGAGAGAGGAGAGGUGGUCAUCAAUCUACACGGGCCUUUCUGAUAGAGGUCAAUUCCUCUUGUACAUUAUUUAUCUUAAUUAUGACUAAUGGCUAUAUGGCCAAAAAAAAAAAAAAUCUGUUUUGUGUGUGAAGCAUUUUCCUUGUGGGAACUUGUGUGUGUCUGAUUACAAAUGUAACUAAAUAUUUCAUAUGCUAGCCUUGGUUUCUCUCAUUGUGUGGAGUACAAUGCAACCUGAUGUGGGAUGGGAUCUUUGAGCAGGCGUCUUUUCCAACUUGCUCUACAGACAUGUAAAGCAGGCUGUAAAGUCCAAACUUGCCCCCUCCUGGGAGGUUGCUGAUUUGUGUUAGUAAAGCCAUAAUAUCUGCUCAGAUUUUCUUCCUAGGCUUGUCUGUUCCUAGGGUUCUUCUCUUAGGACUGCCCAGCCCACACCCUAGGAGGUCCUUUGUCCCCAAGAGAGCCACUCCCACCUCUCUCAGGUCCAAGCGGGGUAAUGAGCCACCGGCCUCAGAGAGUCAACAGAAACCACUUAAUUUUUUCUCAGCAGAAUGAGCACCCGCUGGCUUGUUCAAGGGACAAACUAUCCCAAAGCAUGCUCAGAACCAUGUAGGAUAGUGAUGAGUACCUGGUGCACUGUUGUAUAGACAUUGUAUGGAUACUCUAUAGCUUUCAGGUAUAAGGCCAUUUAAACAAAGGAUUGAGAGGCACAAGGAAGAGAAGAUCAGUAGACGUUAGAAGGCAGAAUGACAGAGAGAGACGUUUUUAGAUGGCAGAGGCUAUGAAAGGUUUUGUACCAUAUGUGGUGAGGUUACAGGAGACAAGAGAAGAUGGAAAAAGCACCGAGUACCCCUGUCCUAAUAAGAUGGCUAGUGCUGCCUUGACGACCUUUGGGUGCUGAGCAGAGGUUGACACUAGGUAGAGCAUCUAAUCUAACCCCCUGCAUAUCAUAGGCUUCCUGUAUAGUACAAUAGUUACUUUUUGG